UCUCCUGUGCCUGCUGUUUCCCUGCUGGGAAGAAGAAAAGGCUGAGCAAUCUCUUGAUCCAUCGGAUGAGUGAUGCUGGCCUGAGGCCGUAGUGGGAGGCCCAGCGGAUCCUGAGAAGCCAGUGAGUGUGGAUGGCUUGGCAGGUGAGCCUGCCGGAGCUGGAGGACCAGCUUCAGUGUCCCAUCUGCCUGGAGGUCUUCAAGGAGCCCCUGAUGCUGCGGUGCGGCCACUCCUACUGCAAGGGCUGCCUGGUCUCCCUGUCUUGCCACCUGGACGCCGAACUGCGCUGCCCCGUGUGCCGGCAGGCGGUGGACGGCAGCAGCUCCCCGCCGCCCAACGUCUCCCUGGCUCGGGUGAUCGAAGCCCUGAGGCUCCCUGGGGACCCGGAGCCCAAGGUCUGCGUGCACCACCGGAACCCGCUCAGCCUCUUCUGCGAGAAGGACCAGGAGCUCAUCUGUGGCCUCUGCGGUUUGCUGGGCUCCCACCAGCACCACCCGGUCACGCCCGUCUCCACCGUCUACAGCCGCAUGAAGGAGGAGCUCGCAGCCCUCAUCUCUGAGCUGAAGCAGGAGCAGAAGAAGGUGGAUGAGCUCAUCGCCAAACUGGUGAACAACCGGACCCGAAUUGUCAAUGAGUCGGAUGUCUUCAGCUGGGUGAUCCGCCGUGAGUUCCAGGAGCUGCACCACUUGGUGGACGAGGAGAAGGCCCGCUGCCUGGAGGGGAUAGGGGGUCACACCCGUGGCCUGGUGGCCUCCCUGGACAUGCAGCUGGAGCAAGCCCAGGGAACCCGGGAGCGGCUGGCCCAAGCCGAGUGUGUGCUGGAAGAGUUUGGCAAUGAGGGCCACCACGAGUUCAUCCAGAAGUUCCACUCCAUGGCCUCCAGAGCAGAGCUGCCGCAGGCCCGGACCUUGGAAGGCGCAUUCAGCCCCAUCUCCUUCAAGCCAGGCCUCCACCAGGCUGACAUCAAGCUGACUGUGUGGAAAAGGCUCUUCCAGAAAGUUCUGCCAGCCCCAGAGCCUCUCAAGCUGGACCCUGCCACUGCCCACCCACUCCUGGAGCUCUCCAAGGGCAACACGGUGGUGCAGUGUGGGCUCCUGGCCCAGCGGCGCGCCAGCCAGCCUGAGCGCUUCGACUACAGCACCUGCGUACUGGCCAGCCGCGGCUUCUCCUGCGGCCGCCACUACUGGGAGGUGGUGGUGGGCAGCAAGAGCGACUGGCGCCUGGGGGUCAUCAAGGGCACAGCCAGCCGGAAGGGCAAGCUGAACAGGUCCCCCGAGCACGGUGUGUGGCUGAUCGGCCUGAAGGAGGGCCGGGUGUACGAAGCCUUUGCCUGCCCCCGGGUGCCCCUGCCCGUGGCCGGCCACCCCCACCGCAUUGGGCUCUACCUGCACUACGAGCAGGGCGAGCUCACCUUCUUCGACGCUGACCGCCCUGAUGACCUGCGGCCGCUCUACACCUUCCAGGCCGACUUCCAGGGCAAGCUCUACCCCAUCCUGGACACCUGCUGGCACGAGAGAGGCAGCAACUCGCUGCCCAUGGUGCUGUCCCCGCCCAGUGGGCCUGGCCACCUCAGCCCUGAGCAGCCCACCAAGCUGUAGGGCCACCCAGGGUCCUGCCGGCCCACAGGCCCACCCCACAGGCACCAGGGACUCACGGGCUUCUGGGUCCCAAGGUGAUAUCUCCACUGUUUAGGAAGGUCUUCAGGCCUGUGUGUCCCUGGAACAUGUAAUGAUAGGGAACAGGACCCCAUUCCCUUUGCCAUCAGCCAGGGGUGUAUUUGUAAACGUCGGCCCCCAGGCCUCGGCAGCCACGGGACACACAGAGCUCCCCAUGGUCCCUGCUGACCACGCUGUCUGCGCAGACACUUCCAGCUGAGGGCAGAAAUAGUCCCAUGUAUACUUUUUCCUUAUUACUGUGAACUUUCAACUACUAUCAAGGAUAAUAAAUUUGACAUUAUUUCUUUCUC